UUUAAUGGUGCAUGUAUCCCCCCAUGUUAACAGCAAUCUGCACAUCCUUCACAUGUUGUCUUUAAGGGAGAUCCUGCUCGGAUGACACUUUCGGCCCCCUGUCCCUUUCAAUCGGCAUAAUGCGGGUCAUUAUAGCCAGUAAUCAGUUUCAAACAGUAAAUACGUUGAGAAGAAGUUUGUAAGUUGGGAUCACUGUGUAGGGCUGAAUUUCGGUGGGGAGAACAAUGAGAGUACCAGGAUAUGUUGUUUGUUGUUGUUGUUUUUCUUUUCUUUUCUUCCAAAUGUCUGGUGAAAUGGCUGAUGGAUCAACUGUUCACGUGACAGUAUACACCCAUCAAUGCUCAUGACAGUCAGGUAUAAUACAUGUUAAUUAAAGCUCUAACGUAGAGGGGACCGACUGGGUGAUGCUAUCCUCUUGGUUCUCUCAGUGGGUGGAGCAGACUAGCUUGACCUCUCGACUCCAACGCUGACGGUCUUGUGCUAGGCCCUUGGCAAUAUCUCUGUCCACUUCCACUGGAUGAAGGUCAGCUGAGAUAAUGUCACGUACGCCACCUAUAGUGUGUGGCCUGCUUUGUGGUUUGAACGGGAUUGAACGACAUGACGCGCGCGUGACGGCUCUCGUGGGGUGAUCAGAGGAUAAGCGGAAGAGAUGCCCGAGCCAACGAAGGCGGUGCUGUGGUGCCAGACGUGACGCAGGAGGCUGAAAGGUUCGCUCUCGAAGCUCCACAUUGGAGACAUGCUAUGACCAUGCUUUUAACCAGAGUGCUGUUAAAAAUUGGUUGCAAUUGAUUCAAGCAGAUAUUUUUGCUGUGGUGGUAAUCGUUAUCGUUCCUAUGCUCGCAGGCCUGAGCGCUUUCCAGCAAUCCUUGGGGAACACAACAUCCCCCCGUUUUUGUCAGAGCGAUCAGUCAGUGGAACACUACUGCAAACCCCCGUCUGGAUUUACGGUCAAUGAGACGGCUCCUCUGAUUAACAGAAUUAACGACCAGCCGGUUCGCGACGGAUGUCACAUGUACGUUGUCUUCAAUCGGACACUGACAGAUAAUGUUACCUCUUGCCAAAACGGUUGGGAGUACCCAAGAGUAGAGUUGGGAGAAACCAAUACCUUGACGGACUUUGACCUUGUGUGUGGUAGAAACGUUUUAGCAAGUACUCUGAUGUCCCUCCAUUUCGCUGGUUCCCUCGCCGGUUCCUUCUUGACUGGUCAAGCGGCAGACUUGUCUGGCAGGAGACCUGUCGCCGUCAUCUGCUUGGUCUUGAUGAUUAUACUCGGCACAGCCAUCAGCUUCACCUGGAACUUGGAGCUCAUGCUGGCACUCAGGUUCCUUCUAGGACUAGUUUUACCGGGGAACACGAUGGUCGCUUACAAUCGCAUUGUUGAGAUGUUCACUCCGAAGAAGCGUGUAAUGGGUAACAUGGUCGCCCAGUAUUUCUGGACCUUCGGCGUGAUUAUGGUCGCUCCGAUUGGAGCUCUCCUUCCCAACUGGAGAAACUUCCAGCUUGCUACCUCACUUGGCGGCGUUCCGUUUCUCCUGCUAUACUGGCUUGUUACGUAUGAAUCACUUCGAUGGUUGGUACAGAAAGGACGACUGCACGAUGCAGAGGCCAUCCUGAAGAAGAUUGCGAAGUCGAGAAACAUAGCGUAUGAAGGAAGUUUUCUGGCACACCAAGAAGAAGAGGUCCCGCUCUCUAAGAAAACUGUCCCCCGUGAAGAGAUGCUGCCCGAGGAAUCUAAUGGCCAGAUAGCUUUGUCUUUGCAACAGGAUGACAAAGAAGUGGAGGGUGCAUUCGGAGGAAUUAAAAACAGAUCAUCUGUAAUUACAGCAAGCGUAGAGGAUGUUGACGGAAAUUUGUCAUAUGGAUUUAUACCAAAACGAGAAGAUGAGAAGAAGGAUGAACCAACAACGGGGAUUAUGACAGACGAAAGUCCAUCAUCUAAAGAAGGCUCGACAGUGGUUAGCAAGGACGAAGGAAAGUCGGCAAGAAGAUACACCAUUUUCGAUCUUUUCAAAACCAGGUUGCUUAUGAAGAACACGUUGAUCAUUUUCUACCUGUGGUUUGCCAUGGAUAUCAUGUACUUUGAAAUACUUGUCUACGCCACAAGUUUCACGGGAAACAAAUACUUAAACUUCUUCCUGUUGUCUGUGGUGGAAGCACCUGUCUACAUUCACGACUAUUUCUUGGCAAGAAGAUUUGGUUGCAGGAGACCCAUAGCAGUUUUCUUCCUGGCAAGUGCCGUGUGUUUCAUCCUGAUUGCUUUCCUGCCUGCCAAAAUAGCUGGUGACACAGAUUUGGCGGUGAUGAUCAUUGUCGUUGCAAUGAUUGGGAAGUUUUACGUCAAUGCCGCAUAUGAGCUGACGAUGCUAGUGGGGGCUGAAAUAUUUCCAACAGUGUUAAGAAACAUCGGGCAGGGUAGUGGAGCUACAGUCGGCAGGGUUGGUACCAUUAUCGCACCGUUUUUUCUGCUGUUGAAAAACGUGGUGAACUUCUUGCCAAUGACCAUCCUGGCCUUGAUGUCGGUAGUAGCCAGUUUGUGCGUUCUUCUGCUGCCAGAGACUAAGAACCGACCGCUGCCCGAAAAGUAUGAGGACAGCCAAAAGCUCGCAAGGAAUCCUUAAACUGAUUUGAGUCCUUUUUG